AUGGCCACAGUCUAUGGAAGAUACUCUCGUGAUAGCAUCCACUUGCACUCCAACCGACUCCAGCCCCCCUCCCCCAUUGGGACGGCGGAAAAUAUAAAACUUUGCAUGGACCUUGUUAUCGACCUCACAGCACUGAAUGUCGACUUUGACUAUUCCUGUCUAGAGGGUCUAGACGAUCAGCUCGUGCUUCGCCCCUUUGAAGCUUUCGCGGACAUCUGUUACGAAUGCGCGGUCUACGAUCUCUUUUUAGACGAAGAAACUUUUGCGCCCCUUCAUCACGCAGACGACUGUCAAGUUGGCUCGCCAGAAGCUGAUGGAGCUCUACUGGACAGCGAUCCCGCAUCUCCAGAAACAGACUCGGAUGGCGCUUCGUUGAACACGCAGGGUUCGGAUGUAUACACCUUUGAUUCCCGUAGUAAAGUGGACUUUGAGGUGGUCAAGCUGCAACGCCCUCCGCAAAAGUUGAGCUUGGUUCAACUUCACCAUCUGAUACAUAUCAACGACGACGGCGAAUCAUUUCUCGCGUUUCGGGAAAACUGUUUAAAGAUGAACGGGCUCAUUUCAGAAGAGGAGCCUGUUAACUCAUUCCCGACGACGGAAAAGAGGAAAAGGACCUUUGGGGUCCAUAUUCAGACAACCUUCAGGCCGUCCAGACAACCGUUCUGA